AUGGCCGAGAACACCAUCUUUGCCGCCAAGCGGCUGAUCGGUCGGUCCUAUGAUGAUGAGGCGACGCAGAAGGACAAGAAGAUCCUCCCCUACAAGAUCAUCAAGGCGCCGAAUGGCGAUGCGUGGGUCGAGGCGGAGGGCAAGCAGUACUCCCCGAGCCAGAUCGGUGCUUUCGUCUUGACCAAAAUGAAGGAGACUGCUGAGAGCUAUCUCGGACGCACAGUUGGAAAGGCGGUCGUCACUGUGCCGGCAUACUUCAACGAUGCCCAGCGCCAAGCCACGAAGGAUGCCGUCAAGAUCUCGGGCCUGGAGGUCAUGCGCAUCAUCAAUGAACCUACAGCUGCAGCACUGGCUUUCGGCAUGGAGAAGAAGGACGGCCAAAUCUUGGCGGUGUACGACCUCGGUGGUGGCACUUUUGAUAUCUCCGUGCUCGAGAUCUCCGGAGGGGUUUUCGAGGUGGCACUGGGAAAGCCGCAGAUGGGAUGGUGGAGCUCCGGCCCCAUGGCUGCAAAGGAGGAUCAGCUUCUCAAGGCCCGCGGGCUCUUCGGUCCGAACCGAGUGUUCCAGAACCCAUCCGGAUGCCCAUGGUCACCCGCAGGCAAAAUCUGGGUGGGUGGUGGUCGUCGGUCUGUAGCUCACGGAGCUUUGCAAAACGGCUUGGCCCCAGAGCUACGGAGGCGCGUUCGGGGUGCAACGUGCUUCCAGGAAGUCUUGCUCGCCAACCUGCUGUGUUCGCCUGCCCCGUGCGGUCUAAUGGCUCUCCGCGUUCAGAGCCUCGCUCUGGACCUCCUGGUCCCAGGCCGGAUUGCAGGGAAAAGGUUCGUGAUCUCCUCUCCCAAGCGCCGCAGCGACAGCCGUGACAGCCGAGGUGACCGCCGUCCUCCUAGUCAUCACCGCAGUGGUCGUCGGCGUGAUGAGAGCUUCGACAGCCGUGACAGCCGCGAUAGCCGUGCACGGCUCGGCGAAGAUUUGACGGAAGAAAGGGACGAAAGGGACCUUGAACGGGGAUCCCUGAGAAGCCCGGACUUCCGUCGCCGUGCAUCCUUCGAGCUCUCCCCAGAGUUGCGGGAAGGAGAGACCGUCGCACGGCUCGAGGCGGAGGAUGUGGCUGGGAGUGUUGAUGCAGGAAGCGUGGGCCCGGACCUCAGGGAAGCUGCAGGUACGGAGGCCGGUGGGCCACCCAGCAAGCCCGAGCCUGUGAGGCGCAAGCGCAGGUUCUUCGACCUGCCGCCUGCGGAGGUGCUGCCGGCCGUGGAGCCAGUGGGCCUGCCCGCCGAAUGGCUACCCGUGGUGGCCACAUCAGGCUCCGCGGUGCUGCUGGAUCCGCUGAUGGACGCGGCUGCCUCCCUGCAGCGAGGCGACGUAGCCGAGGUCAUGGCCUACUGUUUGGAGCACGCAGCCCAAGCACCCAAUCUUGCCACGCAGCUGGUAACCAGGUGUUUGCAGGGCCGGGGACCCUUGACCCGCAGCGACACAGCUUGCCUUUUCUGUGUGUCGGAUGUGUUGCACAACACCAUGUAUGCCCAUCGCUGUCCCGGGGCCAAUGCAUAUCGCACGGCCUUUGAGGAGCUCCUGCCGCGUGUCUUCCACCGCCUCCACCUGGGCCUCGUCGCGCUACAAAGGGUGGAGCAGACCCAGGAGGAAGAGCGUUUGAGGGUGCUUCUGCAGGCUUGGCGCAAUGCGGAGUUCUAUCCCACCAUCUACCUGGAUGGUCUCGAGGCGGUGGCCUUUGCCGGCGCGUUGGGAACUGACUCGGCGAUGGAGGCACAGAGCAAGGAGGUGCGAAUGAAACUGGAGGCGUAUGCGGCUCUUGAUCCGCUUGGGCUGGAGCGACGCUGUCGAAACAGGGGCCUCUGGACCCACAGCGGAACUGACCAACCUCCACCUUCGAAGUCGACGUUGCUGGAAAGAUUGCGGGUGUUUGAAGUCUAUUGGUCAGCCAGAACAUCGGAGCCGAGCUCAGACGCUUUGUUACCGACUGAACUGGAAGGGCGUGAAACUUCGAAUGCGGCAAUGAACAUGGAGAUGGACGACAUAGAUGGCAUACCUAUCCAGACCCCGCUUUCAGCCGAUCUGCACCUACAGCGGGUGCUCAGGAACCAGCCUGCAUCUGUGGGCGGUGCGAUGUCUGCAUCGGCUGGCUGGUCCUGCGUGGAAGGGGCACUGCCCGAGCCAGUUCCCAUCAGCUCCGUUGAUGAGGACCUGGAUGGCGAACCUAUCGGCACCUUUCCUUGA